CGACGACAUUAACUGCAGCGGAUCAGCUGGAAAACACAUUUGGUUCCAGUCAACAUGUUUCUUCUUUUGAGAGUUUUCUUCCUCCCAGCUGUUUUGGUUCAUUGUGCCGGUGAAGAAACUGAUCUCUUCAUCACUGCACCGAGGAGUCUGGAAGCAGUGACUGGAUCCUGUUUGAUUAUCCCCUGUAGCUUCAGACCUGCCCCAAGGAAAGAGAGACAGUUUGACAACAGAAGAAAAAUAUUUGCAGUGUGGAUUAAAGAUGAUGCACCUUUUCAGAAUCAUCCAGAAAGAAUAGUUUUUAACAGCAGUAAUGAAGUUUACUACCCUUAUAUCAGCAUCAUUGGAGACCUGAAAGAAAGAAACUGCACCACCAAGUUUAAUGUAUUGAAACUUGAAAAAUCCACAAAGUUCUUCUUUAGAAUUGAGAGUGAAUCAUUCAAGGCAACAGCUGCUUUAGACCCCGUUGAAAUUAAACUGACAGGUUCUCCUCCGAGGCCCAGAUUAGAAGUCUCAGCUGAUCUGAAGGACCUGAAGGAGAAGGAGUCUGUCACUGUAACCUGCUCAGCUCUCACUCCCUGUUCACACUCCCCUCCUCAACUCACCUGGAGCCUCCAACAAGACGCUCACAGCCAAACUGAGGAAAACACAGAUGGAACCUUCAGCACUCAGAUCCAGAAGACCCUCACUCUGUCAGACACACAUGAUGGAUUCAACCUCAGCUGCUCUGCUGUGUAUCCUGUUGCUGGAGGAGAACCUGUGAAAACACCUGAGACAGAGUUAACUCUCAGGGUUUCAUAUUCUCCUAAAGACACCACAGUCUCCAUCAGUCCAUCAGGGAGCUGGGUGACCCUGACCUGCUCCAGCAGAGCCAAACCUGCCGUCAGCAGCUUCACCUGGUUCAAGAACAGUGACCAUGGACCCAUCAAAGUGUCUGAAGGAGACUUUUACACCUUUAAUGUGGCCGACAUAACAGAUCCAGCAAGUUUUUACUGUGUGGCUGAAAAUGCUCUCGGUAAUCAGACGUCAUCGUGGAUUCCUGUGAGCAAAGCAGGUGAACUGAGGAUUGAACUCGUCUUCAAAACACUGAUGAUCCUUCAGGUUGUAUCUCUCUACUGUACAAUCAUCAUCUUUGAGUGCUGGUUCAGAUGGAGACAUUGCCACAAACAAGUGAAGGACUCACCAGAAGCAGAUGACGUCAACAAAGUGAUUGAAAGUCCAGCAUAAUGGGCCACAAGGAGAAAACCAAGAUGUUAAAGCCAUCAUCAGUGACCUGCUUUAUUAAUUCUGAUCAUUUCUGCCUGCAUCUUUGUCAUUUUUGUCAUGAAAUCUGUUGUUUUGCUGGAUCUCAGCAUGAACCAGGCCUAUAAGAAGUGAUGCAGCUCUGUAGAGGAUUAACACAUUUAUAUUCAUGUAGAGUCUUAAACAGAGCUGAUGUCUGUUUCCAUUCUGAAGAUAAAUCAGCAUGUAUUGAAGCUUCAUAUUUUCUGUGUACAUUUAAACAAGUUUUAUCUCAAUUUAUUGCAUUUUUUUCCAUUUUCUCCUGGUUUCAUUUGCUGUAUCUAUUGUAGUGGUCAUUUAAGUAAUGAAAAUAGAAAACUUAAUUCAUUUUAUUUUUUUCCCACAAAAUCAUUGUGUUAAUGCUUUGCCGAAAUAAAGUUUAUUCUUUGAUAUAAAGUCAUGAGAAUCUGUGAAGUGAUGAAAGUGAAAGAGGUUAAAUGGAAAAACUGCUUUGAUUUUGGUCUGUCAAGAAAAGGUAAUGAACUCCUGCUCCACAGGAAGAAUGUAUGAUGUGAGAAGUAUGGACCCAAACACAGAACCCUGCAGAACUCCGUUUAGUCUGAGUAGAAGAGUCAUCAACAUGAAGUUGAACAUGUCGGCGUCUCACAGAGUGAUUCAACCUGCGGUCGGAGCCCUCCGUCUGGCCGCCUUCAGCUCGCUGCUGCGGGGGAGAGAGCCGGGGAGGUGUCCGGGGGUCGGGCGCUGGAUGUCGGACACACUCAGAGGAGAAAUCAUCAGACCACUAGAGGGCGUCAGAGUCCUGGACUUGACAAGUUUGAUGAGCCUCUCCUCUCAAUGGACAUCACAACCAGAGGUGAAAGUCUUCCCUGCUCUGUCCUCUUAUGGCUGCAGACCUCUCCACCGAUGCUGUGGUGGCCUGAUUGUUCAACACCAACUUCAGGAGUUUUGUCGCCAGUGGAACCUUGUGUUCAGGGUCAUUUUCAACUUCAAAAGCAAGAAGUUCAUGAGGUGAUUUAUUUUCUUUGAUCAUUUGUGAGCUACAGUCCAAUGAGGUCAGCUCUCAGCCUCACAAAAUGAAAUACUUGCCAAAUUUAGCUAGGCUGUAGUUAUUUUAUACAGUUCACUGA